AUGGAAUCAUCAAAGCAACAAUCAUUUCCUUUUGACAUGGGUCUUGGUUUAUACCACGAGCAUACUACUGCUACCUUUCUUGACCCACCCCCUUCUACAAACGAUGACACCUCAUUUGAGCUUGAUUUCUUGUCAUCAUCCCCCAUUGAUGACAUUACCUCACAGCAACAAGAUUUACUCGCCCCAUCCUUGACGUCGUGUUUUCCUUUUGAUCAACAACAACAACAACACUCACCAUUGCAAGACAAUGAACAACCCUAUUGUUCUCCAUCUUUUUUAUUCACACACCUUGAUAUCAACCAAACCGAUCAACAACAACAACAACAGCAACGUCCAAUGGAAUCCCACAAAGAAGAAGAAGAGGAGGAGGAGGGGACCAUUGAAUGCUACAACUGUAAAGUGAUCAGCACUCCUCUAUGGCGUCGUACGCCUGAUCGCGCUCACAUUUUGUGUAAUGCAUGUGGGCUUUAUUACAAGCAAUACAAGCGUCAUCGACCUGUGCGUAUCUGGCAAAGGGCUACUCGUUGGUUGGGCAUUGAAGGCUAUUAUCAAAAUCAAAUUCAGUAUCAGCAGCACCAGUAUACCACCACCACCCCUCCUAUGCAACAACAGCAAUGUGCCAAUUGCCAUCAAACCGAUACUCCACUCUGGCGUAAAAAUUCACGUGGACAAUCCAUUUGUAAUGCAUGUGGAUUGUUUUUCAAGCUACAUCAUCGUGAUCGUCCCAUGGAGCUCAACAAAACAAAUAGCCAACGUCGUCGACGCCGUCGUCGCGAACCAUUAACUGGCACAGAAGAAAUGUUUAUGGGUCUAAGGGCAGACAUGUCGCGUGAUGAAAUGCAACUUGUGUUGCGUAUUAUGGAAGAACGAUGCGCGUUUCUCAAAGCCAUGCUAGGCAAUAAUAAUGUGUCUUGUAAUAGUAGUAGCAGUAGUAGUAGUAAUAACGAUGACCCACAAUUACCACCACCACCACAGCAGCAGCAACAACAGGAGAUUUUUGGAUACAUGUGA